AAUGAAGCUAGUUGUGCAAAUUAGUAGUGGUGACAGUGGUUAUUAUGCGAACGUUUGUUUGAAGUGUUCCACUAGUUGUAAGGCGCAUUAUACGAAAGUAUCUGUGACGAUGGCGGAAGAUCCUCAACUGAGCCUUCUUAACCACAAACUGCAGCUGCAACAAGUUGAAGCAGCUCUUGAACUGGAUCAUGAUAAUGAGGAACUCUUGCAACUUAAACGAGAUCUUGAGGAAGUCAUCAAAUUGUCUCUCGAACUAUUGGGAAAAUCAAGUGAUACUCCAGAAGUAACAUGGAAUGUGGGUGACCAAUGCAUGGCUAUGUGCUCUCGUGACAAACUUUAUUAUCGCGCGACCAUUCUCGAGUUCCUUGGGGACACCAGCUGUGUGGUAAAUUUUGAUAUGUACGAUACCACGGACGUAUGUCAGCUGUGUCACCUGAAACCCGUUACCACGGUCACACCCAUUGUGAAGAAGAAAAAGCACGAGACAAAAAACCGCGCUAUUGAGAAAAAGAAGAUCAAAAAACAACGCCUUCUCCAAAAAGAAGAGGAGAUCGAAUCAUUUUGCGAAAAAGAGAAAAACCGCUGGCUUAAUUUCAGCAGGAAAAUGAUAAAAACAGGGAAGACUAAAAAGAGCAUAUUUGCAUCUCCUGAAGCACUGGAUGGUCGUGUUGGUGUUGGCACAUGUGGUAUUGGUGGUAAGCCAAUGACAAAGUUUACUGUAUUAAAUAGCACAAGAAAACACUGAGUUUCUAUGCCUUGUACAUAGUGUAAAUAUAUCUUUAUAUCCGUA